GUUUGAUACCUCCUUACUAGAAUUACCAGAUCCCUGUACUGAACUGUCCAACAGCUCAAGAGGAGGCCGCGACGGCUCGACAUCGGUACAAGGGAAUAGCGGGAAGAGAGGAAUUCCUCCAGGAAGACGAGCCUACUUGGGCCGAACCUCGUAGCUUACGUUCCUCCUCGCCUGUUUCGAAAUCCCCGAAAUCAUGUCGAACGCCAUGGCUUCGAGGCUCACGCCUCUGGAGAACGAGCUAUGGAAGAAGCUCAAGGGUGCGAGGGAUUCGACGUUGUCGGCGACCGACCUGCAGCGAGGUCUCACGCCUCAAGCAGCGCUCGGAGCGCUCAACGGUCUCAUGUCCAAGAGCUUGAUUAUCACGAAACAGAAUGAAAAGGGAGAACCGUUCUUCAUGGCCGUCAACAAGGACGAGGCGAAAAAGACCGGAGCUUUGGAUCAGAACGAACAGAUCGCUUACAACUGUAUCAAAUCGGCCGGCAACAUGGGUAUCUGGAUCCGGAGCAUCAAGACCGAGACCAACUUACCUCAGACGGUCUUGAUGAAGGUGAUGAGGUCGCUAGAGAAGAGGGAUCUGGUGAAGACGAUCAAGAGCAUCAAGGCGCCGACGAAGAAACUCUACAUGUGUGUUGGGAUGACGCCGUCAGCCGAGUUGACAGGAGGACCAUUUUACGAUGGGCAUAAUAUCGACGUCGGGUUGAUUUCGGACUUGUCCUCUGUGGCUUUGCGUUUCGUCCAGGAAAAGAGCUUUCCUCGAAAAAUUCCCAAGCGGAGCAACAUUCCAGACGAGAUCUACGUUCCCAAUCCCAUCUAUGCCCCCUCGCACACUUCGAAACUCCCCGGUCCCCAAGCGAUCUUGACGUAUUUCGAGAAGCACGAUAUCUGCAAGAUCAAACUCGGCGUCGAACACAUCAUCCAAAUCAUGAGCAUGUUGGUGUACGAAGGAAAGGUGGAGAUCAUCAAGCCGAUCAAGAAGAUGCACGAGGAAGGAUGGAAUUCGGAUUUGGAGCAGGAUGGAGGAGCUGCAGACGAGGACGAGGUGGCUAGGAUCAAAGCGGAGCGGGCUAAAGUGGGGAAGAAACGACCGAGACCGGUGGAUCAGGAUAGCGAUGCGGAGAGUGAUGUGGAUAGCGACUCGGAUUCGGAGUCCGGGGGAGAACGGGAUCGAAAGAGGAGGAAGAAGGACAAGGAGAAGGAGAGGGAGAAGAGCAAGGAUAAGAAGCCGCAAAGAGAAGGAGAAGGCGAAGAAGAAAUCGAAAGGCAAGGGAGACGAUUCCGACGUGGAUAUGGACGGCAACGACAGUGAUGAACUCGUAUCGGUCAAGGACACCGACAAGAAGAAAAAGAGAAAGAAGAAGUCUUCCUCCUCGUCUUCUGAAUCGGACAGCGACAGCUCAUCCGAC